AUGGACAGUCAGAAAGUCAUUCUUCAGAACGAUACAGAAAACAUGACCAAAUGGAUCAACAUUAGUUACUUGGGAAACAAUACUGUGGAUUUAUAUGAAAAUCUGAAAUCCAUGUAUGUCUAUUGUGACUUGAUUCAACCCCAGACGGUAGGCUCCAAUGCCUUGAAACUCUUAAGAGUGGUGCCUUGUACAUUUCAUUUGGAGGAUUCAAAACAAGCCAAAUGGGAACCCAUUCGAGCGGAAUAUUUGAAACUAAGUAAAAAACAUUUCGAUACCAUUGAGAUUCACAUCAUGACUCCUUUAGGGACUCCCAUGCCCUUUCCCGAUUCCUGUGCGUGUGGGAUGAACAAUUUACAAUUGUUUCAAGUCCCUCCGACUAAUAUUGCUUUAGAAGACUCGAAAUGGGAAGAAUAUUACCCCAUUUCCAGUACUUUAGAUUCGGACACCGCUCCCAUCGAAUUUGAAAUUAAAGGACAAGGAGAUCACUAUCUGGAUUUAUCUCAAACUUAUGUUCAAAUGGUAUGUAAAUUUACCAAAGACGAUGGAAGUAAUCUGACUGGGGCGAACAGCACUUCCAGUCCAGUGAAUAAUAUCUUACAUUCCAUGUUUACGGAAAUCGAUGUCAGUCUGAAUGGAAAAAUAGUGACUCCGGGGACGGAUACCUAUCCUUACAAAGCUUAUCUGGAGAAAUUAUUGUCUUACCGACCCAGAACUUUAAAGACACAGACGAGGGCCUGUAGUCUGUGGGAAAAAGAUACGGCAGGACAUAUGGACGAAGUGGGGAUAGAGGCUCUUGGUGUAGCUCAAAAUAAAACCUUUGAUGUAACUCAGGGUCAAGAUGGUGGGGCCGACACGGUGACCAUUAACCAACCCAUCCUCACAGCGUUACCGGCCAAUUCUAAAAACGAAGGAUUCCGAAAAAGACACCAAGCUAUUGCUGACAGUAAGAAAAUCAGUUUGCUGGAUACUUUACAUUUGGAUUUGUUUCAACAAGAUCGAUUUCUACCUAAUGGAGUGGACGUCCGUUUGCGAUUUAAUCGAGCUAGACCUGCUUUCUACAUGAUGAUCAAAGGAGGAAGUACAGGAAAAGUGAAAAUAUUGAGUAUGAUCUUGUGGGUGAGAAAAGUCAAACCCACAGCAGUCAUGAUGAAUACCAUUAAUCAGAGUUUGAAUACCCACAGAGCCAAAUAUCCCUUGAGAAGAGUGGAAGUGAAAACCUUUACCAUCCCCACAGGAACUCAGUCUAAGAUUACGGAUCAUCUGUUUCAAGGUCAGAUGCCUAAACGUCUCAUUUUAGGCUUUGUGGAGAAUGCGGCCUUUAACGGAGAUAAAACUAAAAAUCCCUUUCAUUUCCAAAACUUUGGGAUCAAGAAAUUAGAUGUCAGUAUCAACGGAGAGACCAUGAGUACUCGUUGUUUUGAGCCUAAUUUCAACGACGAUUUAUAUCUGAGAUCAUAUCUCAGUCUGUAUCAAGCUCUGGGAAAAUUAGGAGAAGAUUGGGCUCCGGACAUCACCCUAGAAGAGUAUAAAAGCGGCUACACUCUAUGGGGCUGGGAUUUCACUAAAGAUCAAGAAGCGCAAUCGGAUAAAUUCCACAUCAUAGAAACAGGAAAUCUGAGAGUAGAAGUGCAGUUUACCAACAAUACGGUUAACACCAUCAAUUGUGUGGUGUAUGCAGAAUUCGAUAACUUAUUAGAAAUUAACAAACAGAGAGAAGUGAGCAUUGAUUACUAA